AUGUCAACAGCUGUGCCCGAAGCUGGCGCUGAAACAACCGCCAGCACUCUGACUGUCAUGAUCCGCUAUCUAGCCAUAUUCCCCGAAUCCCAAACAGCCGCACACCAUGAGGUAAUUCGCGUCUUUGGGAACAACCGCACGACAACUCUUGAUAGAGAACAUCACAUGCCUUACAUCAGCGCGCUGAUCAAAGAGACGCUCCCCCUGUGUCCUGUGGCGACGACUGUUCUCUGCCGCAUGGCAGGUGCAAACAUUAAAUAUCAGGAUCAUACUAUUCCCAAGGGGACAAUCCUCUUAGCAAAUAUCAACCAUCCACACUGGGAUCCGGCACGAUUCGAAGAACACUUUAAACUCGACCAGAGCAGCACUUGGACCACCCACACCGGUCCUCUGUAUAUGCCGCAGGCGCAGACGUCAUGGUUGCUUAAUCUAUUUAUCAUGUUUGGGAGGUCGCUCUGGAAGAUCUGGCCACGUAUACAUUUUCCCAGAGACGAAUUGUUAACUAUAGUGGCUUUCUGUAGAAGACACCGGGUCGAGUUCCGGUGA